CUCGCAGAGCGCGUCGCACGUCCGAGUACCGGCCGCCGCCCGUCAUCAGUAGUUGCCAUACCGCGCAGCCACGUAACCUCUCACCUUCUCCUUAGUUUUUAGUAGUCAGUAGUAGGGGAGAGUGUGGAGAGAGAGAGAGAGAGAGAGAGAGAGAGAAAGCGAGUAAAAGGGAGAGAAAGAGAGAGAGAGAGAGAGAAAGAGAGAAAGAGAUAGAGAGAGAAAGAAAGAGAGAAAGAAUACGCGCGCGAGAGAAAGUGAAGAACGUAUGAAAGAAAAAAAUUGAGAGAAGAUCAAGAAGAAGAAGAAGAAAAGAAAGAAAAGAGAAAAGAAGGAAAAAAGAAAGAAGAUAUCUACGUUUUCUUCAUCGUAAACCGUCCUCCUCGUCGUCGCCGUCGUUAUCGUCGCGCCCGUCGUCUUCGUCUCUACGUCCUCGUCGUUGUCAUCGUUGUCGUUGUCGUUGUCGUCAACCGGCUUGACGCAACCACUCGGAGUAGUUUAUCAUUUCGUACACGAGUACGAGACGUACGUGCGUUUCGUUCGUACGUUUCGUCAUCGUUGUCGUUCUCGUUGUUCUCGUAGUACUUCGAGGGAGCACGUAGCGCGAGAGGAACACGACGCGAAAUACGGGAAAUAAGACGUCGUGUGGUUAUCGUUCAUCUUUCUCCUUCUUUCGCAACAACACGAGUCAGUAUUACUGGAGGAUCAAAGACGAGGAGAGGAACGGAAGAUACUCUCGUCGUGAGAGUAGAGACGUCACGUUCUUCUUUGCCAUUAGAAAAGGAGCAAACAGCAGAUUCUCUCUCUCACCGUCGGUCAACAACAACGAACACGAGGAAGAUCGUUGUCGUAAACGGAACAACAACGACAACGACGACGUCUUCCCGUCAUACGAGGACUAAACAGGCAGAAUCACUUUCUGAACGACGGCUCUCUCUUAAUAGUCGUGCUUUUUCCGUUUCAUUCGUGAUCCUCGGGAAGAGGCGAGAGCGUUGCGACGACGACGAGCCGUGCGCCGCGCGCCAUUAUGGAAUCUCAGAAUCAGGAGAUCGUGGCGAGCGGGUCGCCCGCUGAGGUGCCCAACGAUCCAGGGUACAUAUCUUCAUGCUUCUGCCAAAUCGAUCGUCCACCUACAUCCACCAGCAAUGUUUAUAAUAGCACCGACCGAAAGGACGGAUUGCUUCCUUGUGAAAAGAAAAUGUUCAUCGGUGGUCUAUCAUGGCAGACCAGUCCAGAGGGCCUUAGAGAGUACUUCACCAAGUAUGGAGAUAUCACAGAGGUCAUGGUUAUGAAAGAUCCCACAACGCGACGAUCAAGAGGUUUUGGAUUCAUCACGUUUGCAGAUCCUGCAAGUGUAGACAAAGUGCUGGCGCAGGGUAAUCACGAGCUAGACGGAAAAAAGAUCGACCCGAAGGUAGCAUUUCCAAGGAGAACACAUCCGAAGAUGGUGACGAGGACAAAGAAGAUAUUCGUCGGUGGGCUAUCGGCACCGACGACGCUGGAGGACGUCAAAAAUUAUUUCGAGCAGUUCGGUCCGAUCGAAGACGCAAUGCUGAUGUUCGACAAGCAAACCAACAGGCAUAGAGGCUUUGGCUUCGUCACAUUUCAAAGUGAGGAUGUGGUCGACAAAGUCUGCGAGAUUCAUUUCCACGAGAUUAACAACAAAAUGGUGGAAUGCAAGAAAGCACAGCCGAAGGAAGUGAUGCUCCCGGCGAACCUGGCGAAGACCCGAGCGGCCGGCAGAGGUGCAUACGAUUUUAUGUGGUCCGUGGGAGCUAUACCAGAAGGUUUCUCAGCAGCGGCGUACGCGGCAUACGCGGCAAGCCGCGGCUAUUCUGGGUACCCUAGUUUCGGACUACCUUACCCGACAGACGCAUGGCUGGCAAACUCAGUGGUCCUUCGUCAAGCAAAGCGUCGACUGCCUCUACCCCCAUUCCAUUAGGUAUUGCCAUAACAUCAAAUAAGUGUAAAAAAAAAUCGGCACACGCGUACGCAACAAAAAUCUCUCUCACACACAUACACACACACACACACGUAUAAAUGCACAUGUCUACAUACAUCGCACGUAUAUGUAAUUACACCUACACAAAUUAAGCUCGAGAAGGAAUAUCUUUGAAAAAGAAAAUUUGUAUAAAGCGAAGCUUUGCAACAAAUAUUUCUGAAAGCAUUUUUGUGCUCGUCGAAGAUAUUGAGUGAGAGAAAUACAAGAUAAAAAGAAAUUACAAAAACAAGAAGAAAUAAAAAUAAAUAAAAUAAAGAUAAAAACUAAAACACACUAAAUUACAUUAAAACAAAAAGAAAUUGAGAGAAAGUGAAACUAAUGAAAAUAAACGUAGAGCGUUCUUAUUCGGAAAGGAGCCGUACUGAAAACUUGAUGCUCACUCUUUCUCUCGUUAUUCUGUUCGUCCUUCUAUUUCCUUUCUCUCUCUUUCUCUCCUUUAGAUGUAUGUAUGCACAUACAAUAUUGGCUACAUUACCAUGUUGAGAAAAGUGAAAAAGUGAAUAGUAAAGGAAAUGCACGUCCAAAUCUAGUAUGCCCACUGGCAAGGCUACGCAUUCUCCUUUGAAUUAAAAGCGACGCGGAAGGAUUAAUCGUAUUAAUUUGCAUUUGAGAAAAAGGCGCGUUUACUGUUAAUUAAUGCUUAAAUUUUAACAUUUUCAUAUGGCAUCCGGCACGUGUAUUAAAGAAAGAACUUCCUUAUUUUUAUUUAAACGUCUAGAAAACACAUUCGGACACAGAUUUAAUAACGUUAUUUCAUCAAAAUACCGUAUCCUAGAAGCGAUACGCAGACAUAUCUCUAUUUUCAUCAGUCUCGUUCGAUCGAUAAGAAAAGCUCGAUCGAAUUAGGUAUGUCAAAUCACGGCAGCCUUGCCAGCAGCCAUUUAUUAUUCAAUAUCUUCCAUAGAAAGCAUAGCGGAAACUUGUAUCGAAAACAUUUUUAACCUUUGUCGUUGUGCGUGUGUGAGGGGAGGGAAAGUAGCAAGAUAAAUAUAAAUCUAUGAAGCACAUACAACAAUAGAUUUGUAGUAGGUUUCAAAGGUAGUUGUUUUUGCGAAAAUAAUGCCAUAAAGUUGAGAAGCCAAUUUCCGCAAAAGAAUUUCACAUAGAGAAGAUUUAAAUUUUAAAUAAUAAUUGUACACACCCUGAUCACGGUCCUUAUAUCUUCCUAUACGAAUAACUCGUUCUUUAUGUCUUCCUUUAAUUAAAACUCCCUUCCACACCUGUUCCAUCUAUCCUUCGUUAAAAACGAAAAAAAAUAUAAUUGAAGAAACCAAUGACGUUUCUUAUUCUAUUUUUCCGUGACACUACUCCUUUUAUCACCCCUUUUAUCUAUUUCUCUCUUUCUCUUGUAGACGUUGAUCUUUGUAGUGGUUGAAAUGUAGUCACGUUCUAUGUAAUCUCUAUAAACUAAACACCUUAAUCGAAAACAUUUAGCUUAGGUCGUCUAGAUAUAAACGAUAGAGGCGUUUCUGUGUGUUUGAACCGAAGCAUCCUGCCGAUGCCUAAUAAGUCGACCAUGAAUGCGUUCCUGGCAGUUUGCCAUUAGGAUUUUAGCAAGUUUAAUUCAGUUCAAUUUCACUAAGUUUGUAAGUUCAAUCGAUAAAGUGGAAUUAUUAGAAUAUUUAUAUUAUAUUGACUGGAUAGAACAUGGAUGUAUACAUGUACAUAUUUACAUACAGAAAUUUGUUCCUUUUUCACUCUCUGUUUUAAUAAGCGAAACGUUUCAUUGAAUUUUAAAGAAUUCUUAUCUUUUCAUUUUGAAUAAAAAUAUAUAUUAAAUUUAUCGUACGAAUGUACAUGAAAUGUUGCAAACGCGAACAUCAAGUGAUCGACAGAAAUUUCGAAAAUUUUAAAAAGGAUCGUCAGGAUGUUGAUGUCCGGACACAUCCAUCUUUAAUCCAAAGCAAAUUAAAUAAUACUAAUCAUAAAGUAAGGAAUCCGCCAGAUUAGGCGAAAAUAACAAUGUAAGAAAGAGAGUACCAAACCUCGUAGAAAAAGAUAAAUAACUGUAUUGUAACGAACCGCCCAAAGAUCAUUGGCAGAAAUUGUGCUUUUUCUGACACGUCCUUCUCUCAUGUUCUCUUAGCUAUAAAUGCCUGUCCAAUAUCCGAUAUUUCUCUCUUCUGUUACCCUGUGAUAUAUACCGAGGAAACGAAAGAGCAAGAACAUUUUGCUAUAUUUUAAUCUCGACAUCGAAGAAAUAUCGAAAAAAAUGUACAUCCAUUUUAUGCUGCAGAGAAAAAAUGUUCACCUUGCUCUUGUUUGCUAACUUCUUACGAGUCAUAUUCGUUCCCAAACAUAUUCAACCCUCUCUUUCCCGUUAUGGCAUAUCAUAAUUCACGAAAAGCUGUGAUUCGAUUUCUGUUCUGUUUUCGAGUUGUCGUUUUUGAAAGAGUGACCGAGGCGAUCUCCCAACAGAAGAGAUCAAAUGUUUUAAAAUAUAAUUAACUUUAAAGGUCACGUCGAAUUACUUGUGUAAUAACAAAGGACGACGACCAUGUUGUCCGUCCUUAUCCCCUCCAUGAAGCUAAGGAUAUUAUAUCAAUCAAAAAAAUUCAUUCGAAGCAGCUAUCAAAUUAUAAUCGCUUAAAUGAAUUAUUUCGCUAGAGCGAAGGCCAACUCGAAGAAAUCGAUAAGAAAAGGAAAACGAUAAAAAAAAAAAAUCAUAAAUAAUUAAGAAUUGCGCAAGACGAUUAUUAUGUCGCAGGGAGAAUAUGCAGAAGUCAAGAGGCCGCAUAUCUGUCCUGAGCUUAUACAUUUGUUAAUAACACUUAAUGCUUUAAAAAAAACGAUAUUAUUGAUACUUUUAUGCGCAGCUAUAGUUCGUUCGCGUUAACGUCACCGUAAAAAAGAAAUUACAUCAUGAAUGAUCAUAAUAAUAUAAUAAUAGCAUGGCGUAUCUACCAUGCACAGCACAAGUUCAUUCCAGAACUUAUUCUCUGUUUCUUUUUUACGUUCGCAAAUGAUCCUUAUCGAAGAAGUUCUUUAUCACCGUCAAUCAAAAUAAUAUUUAUGGAUAUAUUUUGUUGGCAUGUAACAUAUAAAAUUAACGGCGCGGUUAACGUUAUCGAGCUAUGGUCUGAUUGUUGCUAUUCGUAAGAUUGUUGUUAUAUCGCUGUGAUCGCGCGUGGGAUUGGAUAAAAUAUAUUGCCCAAAGUAACGAAUCAACUUUACCGAUCGACUCUUUUCCAUUUUUUGUGAUUUACGCGACGUUAUUCCUUAUUCACCAACGCGAUUAGCAAAUUCUGACUUUCCGAGAAUACUCGAAAAACUCUUCUCUUUUUUAUCGAUCACUACGGCUAAAUUAAGUGAUGAACAGGAAACAUUGGAUAUAUAUAUAUAUGUAUUUACUAUAUACCGUCCAAGAUGAUAACGCAAUGUUUAUAUCAAACUUGCAAGUCUUUUCAAGUUUUGAAAUUAAUCAAUUAUUUGUAUACUUAUUAAAAGACGUCGAAGCUAACAAGUUUAUCAAGAUUUUCGUACACACAUAUGUAUUUACUCUUUUUAAAUAUCUAUUUAUAGUAAUUGUGCAUCUCACAUAUUACGUCAAAAUCUAUACUUCCAAUUAUAUUUUCGGCGUCUCAGAAAAAUUAUAUCGAUAACAUUUCAAUUUGCGUUAAUUAUCUCGCGCAUUUAUUCGCUUCUCUCGGUCGUUUAUACAAAUUUCUUAGGUAAUAAUUUCGAGUUUUCUCGCACAGAAAGUUUCAAAUGUAUCGUAAUUCAUAUAUAUGUGUAUAUACAUAUAUAUGUAUAUAUACAUAUAUAUACACACACACAUAUUUCUCACGAUACGUAGCGCUCAUUUUAAACGCGUUGGCGAAAAGAAUAACUUUGGCAUUUAAUUAUUAAUUUGUUGAAUGAUCGGUAAAAGUUUGGGCGAUUUAUCAUGAAUUCAUGAUUACCAACUAGAUGACGAAAAUUAGAUUAAAAGGAAAACAAAAAUAACAAAACGCGAAAGUUUUGUAAAUGUUUAAUGGGUACUCGAUAACAUAAUGCUUGAUGUCCAUCGGAAAUCAUUCUGGAGCUAAAUGAGAGAAUAAGUUUAUUUACAUGUGCGUACAUAUUAACGACACAGUGUAAUGAUUUGCUGAAGCUCUAUUAUUAUAACGACUAAGAAUUAUAAAUAAUGAAUGUCUGUAAUAAAUAAAAAAACCACGCAAACAA